AUGACCGACCUCCUAUCGCCCAAGUCAAAGUUCCGGUGGACGACCGCCGCCGAGCAGGCCCUGACCGCGGUGAAGCAAAGAUUCAGAGAGUGCCACACCCUAUCACGCCUGGACCUAGACGAACCCAUCUUCGUCCAGACGGACGCCAGCCAAGAGGGCAUGGGGGCGGUGCUCUACCAGGAAGGGGGGGACGGGGAGCGGCGAGUGGCCGAGUAUGCCAGCACCAAGUUCGGCCCUGCAGAACGCCGCUAUCAUGCAAACAAGCAGGAGUGCCUUGCGGUGGACCCCCAGGGCUGGGAGGAACUCCUGCCACCACCUCACCCACCAGCCAGCGGCACCAUGGCACCCGCACCAGCGGCCCUCUACGCCAUCCAGCGGGCGAACCCUACCACCCAGGAAGACACACCAGCCACCCUACUCGCCCUAAUGGAGCAUGUGAGGCAGGCCCAGGUCGACGACCCCGACACGCAGCGCGACCUGGCCGCGUACGGGGUAGAACAGCAGCGCCCCCGACGACCAGAGGAGCCCUUCCAUACUGUGGCCCUCGACGUCAUGGGGCCCAACCCCUGCACAACCCGGGGAAAGCGCUUCCUCGUUGUGACCACUGACGUGUUCACGCUAUGGUCAGAGGCGUUCGCCGUGUCCAACGCACGCGCAGGGACGAUAGUGGCCCUCCUGGACAGCGAGGUGUUCCCUCGCUAUGGGGCGAACCCGACGGAGCGACGCAACCAGGACAUCAAAGUUCAUUUGCGCCUCCGCCUGGGGGAUGAUCACUCGAAAUGGGAUGUACACCUGCCCAAGUUGCUCUACUGCCUGCGCCGGCGAGUCAAUGCCGUUACCGGCCAUUCCCCCCCGGAACUGCUCUAUGGUCAGAACCUCGCCCUACCGGGCGAGCUGCGGGGAGUGCCCAAGGGCCCCCACCCCAAGCGCACCAGCCUCACGUGCCACGUCACCAGUCGGCCAAUCACCCUACCACCAACCCAUCACCAUGGACACCACAUCACCGACAUCACCACCACCAUCACCAGCUCCCCAUCCUACGCCACCAGCCAUGGCACCAGCCACACCACCACCCAUCACCUCACCUGCCGACACGCAGGACGUGUGCCGACCCACCAUCAGAGCUGA